AUGGAAGAAAUGUCUUAUGAUCCUAGUUGUAUAAUAUGGAGUUCCAUUUUGAGUGCCUGUAAGAUUUAUGGAGAUGUUGAGCUUGGAAGAGAGGCUGUUAAUCAGCUCAUUAAGAUGGAACCAUGUAAUGCAGCUCCAUAUUUAACUCUAGCACAUAUCUAUGCAAGAAAAGGUUUACGGAACGAAGUAUCUGAAGUUAGAAGCCUUAUGCAACAAAGGGUUAAGGGAAAGUAUGCAUGGAGUUGGAUUGUCAAAUUUUAUUUAAAACAUAAUCCAUUGAACAAGGUUGUACUGGCUUACAGUGGUGGCUUAGACACAUCGGUCAUUGUCCCAUGGUUGAGAGAGAAUUAUGGUUGUGACGUUGUUUGUUUCACUGCUGAUGUUGGCCAAGGUAUAAAAGAAUUGGACGGUCUAGAAGCCAAAGCCAAUGGGGCUUCUCAAUUAGUUGUAAAGGACUUACAGGAGGAAUUUGUUAAAGAUUACGUAUUUCCUUGGCUGCGUGUUGGUGCCAUUUAUGAAAGGAAGUAUUUGCUUGGGACCUCAAUGGCCCGUCCUGUAAUUGCAAAGGCCAUGGUGGAUGUUGCCAAAGAAGUUGGAGCUGAUGCUGUUGCCCAUGGGUGUACAGGGAAAGGAAAUGAUCAGGUUCGAUUUGAGCUCACUUUCUUUGCGCUGAACCCGAAGCUAAACAUUGUGGCUCCAUGGAGGGAGUGGGAUAUUACAGGGAGAGAAGAUUGCCUAAAGCACACUCUUUGUGAAUUUGUGUUAUUUUACAGAUCUCAGGGAUUUGUUAUAUCUACUGUUUGACUUGGAGAUAAUGUUUUUGAGGUGAUUGGAAAG